GCGGGGAGUUCCUUAAAGGGGCCGCGCGCGGAGCUCCGGGGCGGACGCGGGUGCGGCGGUCGGCGGGCCUGGUCCCGCGCUGUAAAAGAAUGCCCGCGGCGGCCGCGCGACCAUGCAAUGGCGAGCGCUCGUCCUGGGGCUGCUGCUCCUCCGGCUCGGCCUGCACGGCGUCCUGUGGCUCGUCUUCGGGCUGGGCCCCAGCAUGGGCUUCUACCAGCGCUUCCCGCUCAGCUUCGGCUUCCAGCGCUUGAGGGGCCCCGACGGCUCCGCGCCCUCCGCGCCGGGGCCCGCGGGCCCGCCGGGGGCGCCGUCGGGGCCGCCGUGGCUCUCGCGGCCCGGGGUCGGGGCGGCGGCGGCGGCGGGCGGCCGGCCCGAGGCUCCGCGGCGGCCGGGACCCGGCGGCGUGUGCGGCCCGGCGCCCUGGGGUGGCUACGCGCUGGGCGGCUGCGGCCCGGACGAGUACGAGCGGCGCUACAGCGGCGCCUUCCCGCCGCAGCUGCGGGCCCAGAUGCGGGACCUGGCGCGGGGCAUGUUCGUCUUCGGCUACGACAACUACAUGGCGCACGCCUUCCCCCAGGACGAGCUCAAUCCCAUCCACUGCCGCGGCCGGGGGCCCGACCGCGGGGACCCCUCGAAUCUGAACAUCAAUGACGUGCUAGGGAACUACUCUUUGACCCUUGUGGACGCUUUGGAUACUCUCGCAAUAAUGGGAAAUGCAUCUGAAUUCCGGCGAGCAGUCAAGUUAGUGAUCAACACCGUCUCGUUUGACAAAGAUUCCACUGUCCAGGUGUUUGAAGCCACGAUAAGGGUUCUGGGAAGCCUCCUCUCUGCCCACAGAAUAAUAACUGACUCCAAGCAGCCCUUUGGUGACAUGACCAUUAAAGAUUAUGAUAAUGAGUUGUUGCAUCUGGCCCACGACCUGGCGGUGCGGCUCCUCCCGGCCUUUGAAAACACCAAGACCGGCAUCCCCUACCCACGGGUGAAUCUAAAGACAGGUGUUCCUCCCGACAGCCGUAAUGAGACGUGCACGGCCGGAGCUGGCUCCCUCCUGGUGGAGUUUGGGAUCCUGAGCCGGCUGCUAGGAGAUUCCACAUUUGAGUGGGUUGCCAGACGAGCGGUGAAAGCCCUCUGGAACCUCCGGAGCAAUGAUACGGGACUACUAGGCAACGUUGUGAACAUCCAGACGGGCCACUGGGUUGGGAAGCAGAGUGGCUUGGGUGCUGGGUUGGACUCCUUCUACGAAUACCUGUUGAAGUCUUACAUCCUCUUUGGAGAAACAGAAGACCUGGAAAUGUUUAAUGCUGCAUAUCAGAGCAUUCAGAACUACUUGAGAAGAGGACGGGAAGCCUGUAACGAAGGAGAAGGAGACCCCCCGCUCUACGUCAACGUGAACAUGUUCAGCGGGCAGCUUAUGAACACCUGGAUUGACUCCCUGCAGGCCUUCUUCCCUGGACUGCAGGUUCUCAUAGGAGAUGUGGAAGAUGCCAUCUGCCUCCAUGCCUUUUAUUAUGCCAUAUGGAAACGGUACGGGGCCCUCCCUGAGCGGUAUAACUGGCAGCUGCAGGCCCCCGAUGUUCUCUUCUACCCUCUGCGACCGGAGUUAGUGGAAUCCACGUAUCUCCUCUACCAGGCCACCAAGAAUCCCUUCUACCUCCACGUCGGGAAGGACAUUCUUCAGAGUCUGGAGAAAUACACGAAAGUCAAAUGCGGGUACGCCACACUGCAUCACGUCAUAGACAAGUCCAAAGAGGACCGCAUGGAGAGCUUCUUUCUCAGUGAGACCUGCAAAUACUUGUAUCUGCUGUUUGACGAGGAGAAUCCAGUCCACAAGUCUGGAACGAGAUACAUGUUUACCACGGAAGGCCACAUCAUAUCUGUGGACAAGCACCUUCGGGAACUGCCCUGGAAGGAGUUCUUCUCUGAAGACAGAGGGCAAGACCAUGAGGGAAAGUCUGUGCCCAGGCCCAAGUCUCACGAGGUGAAAGUCAUCAACUCCAGCUCCAACUGCAAUCGCGUUCCGGAUGAGAGGAGAUACUUUCUGCCCUUGAAGAGCGUCUAUAUGCGUCAGAUCGACCAGAUGGUUGGCUUGAUAUGAUCCGCUUGUCCCUGCUUCAUCUUCCACCAGACCUAACCAAGUAAACCCUGACCAUCCAGUGUGCAGUGGAGGGAUGGGCGUCUCACUGCACGGCACCGUGUGGAAGUUCUGUCUAAUCCAUCACCCACAGCUGGUUCAUGUGGUUCAUUCUUGCACACUUCAGUGUUUCCCUUCUGUUCAAUAAAUGCCCUAUUUUUUCUUAGUAAUAUCACUAGAAAUGAGAAGAUACAUGAAAACUGGCUGACACACUGACACAAUUCUGUUGUUAAGCACAUCUGCCCAGCUUCCUGUUUGGAAUUCAGAAGUCUCUACUGCACCACUACUGGCCAUUCUGCGGUAUUGCUACCUCUUUGUUAGGGAAUAGGAAAUGAGAUUCCUAUCCACACGCCCAAGGGGCACUUGACUCCUACUUACUGCACUAAAAACGGCACCCUUUCUGCUCCUACAGCAUCGUUAGGUUCUCCUUAGAUGUGCAGCUGUGAUUUUUUUUUUAGAUCACGUGGGGAGAAAAUCAUGCAGUUGUUUUAUAUGCCUUCAACUCAUCUGCCCAGUGUUAGAACCAUUUGCUUGUGAAUAUGGGUGGAAGUAGAAUUCUGACCAAUGGUCUUUUCAGUUGUUAUGUCGUGGUAUAUGUCAGCGGUUAGCCAACAGUUCUGUGGGAUUGUGUUUUGCAUUCAUUUCACACAUGAAAAUUACCUGCAGAACUCCGGUAGUUCCAGAACCAGGUGCCUUCUAGGGGAGAAAAAAACAAAACCCUAGGUUGUCUAAGCGUCCAUCUUUCUCUUUUUCCUAGCCGAGGAUUCUAGAUUCUUCCUUCUUAGCGUUUUGUUUUUGUUGCCUGUGUUUAGUGCCAAAUCGCAUAAUCAGGGAGAAAGAAGGGAUCAGAUGACUUUCUGAUGUCCUCGAGCCAUUUCUCUGUGCACCAGGCCUCGCUUAGUGCCUUACACAGGUUUUGGUUUUGGCCGUUGGUUGCCACAGGUCUUGCCGUGGUUGCAGGUGCUUUGUAUUGCCCUUGAGUGGGACCAGCAAUGAAAGGAGGAUGGGGUGGGUGUGAGGAAGAUUUUGGGAAUUAGUUGGUCCACCUUUGCCUUUCAUCCUCUUCUUUUAGCCACCUAGGGGGAAGAAGCUGGGUUUCGUUUCGUUGCUGUUACCUUAGUCAGAACACACCCUGAGGCUCCUCCGAGGUGGGGCUGGGUCUGCUCGGAGCCUGGCCUGGUGCACUUACCUGGCAGGAAGGUGUCUGACUGAAGGGUGGGUAGCAGUCUUGGUGAGCACCAGCCCCUGGCAUCCGCUUUCGUGUAUUUCUGCAGGUUUCUUUUCAGUCCUCUUAAAACUACAAAGAACCCCACCUAAGCCAUUUGCAUUUUCCAUCCACAGGGAGAAAUUUUAUUCCUUCUUGAAAAUUUUAAGUGUUACUGUUUGGAAAAUUGGUGUAUCCUUUAGUUCUUCCACAUUUUUAGAAAGGGGAUUUUCAGUAGGAAAUGUAUUAUCUUUCCAACAUUUACUAUGCAAUUUGGUAGAAAAAAAAAUCAAGCGCUUCCUGUUUUGCUCUUGUUUUCAGAAGCAUUGUUCUGUUGAUCAUCAGUGUCUUGUCUACUGAAUAGAGAGCUUGGAGGAUUUCUGUCUAUUAGAUGUUUUCAUCAAUCCAGUAGAAUCGUGAGCCACUUACACAUGACCAUGCAUCUCGGACGUUGGCACCUUUUCUCCAGGCAAGCUGAGGUGCAACUUCGAGUGACCCACUGGGGACUGGGGGCCAUCUGGGGGAAGGACAUGAGUGCCUCAGGCCUUUGUCUUGUCUGUCUGUCUGUCUGUCUGUCAUCACGCCUGUAGCUUCCGUGGCAGCACCUGCUUCUCACCCGGGCCCCUUCACCUGACUCUCGAGCCAGCUCAGCCAUUGCUUCCUCUUCGUGCUCUUGGAAUAGGGCUCUGUGCCUGGCCACACUCUCCUCACCCAUGUCAUCCUCGCAUCUCAGGGCUACAGGCAGGGGUGCCACCUGUCCUGUUCACUUCCGGGUACUGGACUUAGAGUUGCUGAGGGUGAGGGUGAGCGAUGAGUUCUAGUCAUCCUGGACAAUGGGCUUCUAGGGUCACCCAGGCUAACGUUUGAUGUUUUGUAAACUCAGUGUUUUGUGGGACCAGAUGCUCAAGUACCGUUGAGGACCAGGCUCCGCCCCCCUCUGUCCCCCCCCCCCCCCCCCCACCAUUGCCAAAAAGAAAAAAGGCUCUUUGAGCCAGAUGCAAAGCUGACUUGUUUCCACUUUGCAAGUCAGACCGGCAGGAACUGUGCUGCGUCUCUGUGCCUCUUGCUGGAUCUUCCAUUCUGGGUUGUGAACUCUCUGCCAGGGAAGGGCAGAGCGGGAGGGGUGCUCAGAGAAUUUUCCCUCAUUCUGUGCUGUGUCCCAGGAGUUUGGAGUUUGGGCCCAGCAUCCUCCUUGGUGGAGGCCAGGAGGCCGAGCUACCCAUCCGCUCCCAUGAGGACCUGUGUCUGUUGUCAACCUGUGUCUGUUGUGAAUGGGGUUUGUGAAACUGCUGUACAAAGUUAGGCUGCAGAGUGGCCUGGGCCUGGGCCCGGCUGGGACAGGGGCUGCUGUUCUCUGCGGUAGCCAGUGAGGAAAAGCAGGCUGGCCAAGCCCUGGCCGUGGGGAACACUUCCUUCCCAGCUCUUCUCCUGGUGCACAAAGAAGUACUGAUGAUGUCCUGAGCCUUAUUAUUAUUAUUACUUGUCCUGCAUCAUAGACAGCAUGUGACGCUGCUCUUGUCUUCUAUGUAUUUUAAGGAAAUCACGCCUUGGUGGUAUGUGUGUGUGUGUGUGUGCACGCCGGUGAGCGUUAGCAUAGCCCAUCCGUACCAGGCUUGGUAAGGACAAUCACACAACCCCGGGCCGUCCAUUCCCUCAUUCCCCUUCCCUCUUGUCGCCUGAAAAAGAGAAACAUCUGCACAGCUAUCUCCUUAGCUCAGUUGAAUGAACUGAUUGCCAAGUGUGAUUUUUCCCUUUGGGAUGUUGAAGCCUUGGCCUCCAAGCUUCCUUUCCUGCCGAGGCUUCUCAUGGGCUGAGUUCACGCUGAGCGAGGGGUUAGGACGAGGGCAGAAACAUUACCCCGGGCCGAGAGUGGCCCAGCCAAGGACUUGACAAAGGGGUCCUCCUCUUUGCUUCCCUGUUCCUGACACCCUGCUCUUGCUAGAGUCUCUCCCCUGCAGGGCAGGGGAGGGGGGCGGGCUAGGCCGUGGGUCCCCAGCUUUGUGGGGCUGAAGGUUAAAUGCUGUCACUCAGAUUUGGGUGUGAAUCUGGUAAAAAUGGUCUAGUGCCUGUGGAACCCCCUCAUGGCUUCUCCCCUGCUGUCCGAGAGGCGGAGGAAUCAUAUUUUUAAAGGUAUUUUGUUGUAGUGUUAAGUAGCAGAACACAAAGCUACAUUUUUAUUUAUUAUACACAGAGAAGAAUAAAUCUGUUUUUUUUUUUUUUUUUUUACAAAAGAUCUAAAGUUGGAGACUGCGAAAACAUGCUGAAAUAAACAACUGCUUCUCUCUGUAAUGUGCAAUAUGCUUUGCAAACCUAGAGGAUAUUUUAUGUUGAAUCUGUAAAUAAGAAAUGUAUUUAAAUUAAAAGGGAACUUUUCUUUUUGUAGAAGGACCAAAUGUUCUUUUAUAAAUGUACUAAGGAAUAUCUUGCUCUUUGAAAUUUAUUAGGAUUUUUAUGAAUAAUUUUUAUUAAAGAAAAAAUUUUUGGACUUGUCA